AUGGCAGCUCAGACUGAGAGUCCAAAUAUGGCGGAACCGCCCAUUGACGCCAUCGUGGCAGAGAAGAAGAAUGAGGCGAUCCAACGAGUCGACACGGAUAUCGAGAAUGGCUCUUCUGAGCCGGAGAAGACCUACUACAGCAAGGCCUCUGUCUGGCUCAUUAUUCUUUUUUCGGGGCUGGCAAUUGGCAACGCAGCCGUCAUCGGCAACAUCUCGCUCCUGCUCGCCGUGCUCUACCCGGACGAGCUCACAAGCACGAUCUCGCAGCGCCUCAGCAACGCUUUUCUCGUGGGCAUGAUCAUCGGCAUGCUAGGUUUCGGCAUCAUAGUCGACAAGAUCGGCCGAAAGACCGGCGCCGUCGCCACGACCGCGCUCCUCGUGCUCGGCAUCGUCCUGUCGACGGCCGCCAGCGGCUCGGACCCGACCGGCAUGUUCUAG